UGUUAAUCUUGUCAUCUAUCUUUGUCGAUAUUCUGUGAUUAAGAAAGAUAUUGUCCUCUUAGAUGGAAAAUAACCUUAUUCAGUAAGGAGAUGGAAAAUAACCUUAUUCAGUAAGGAUUAUAGAUAACAGCGCAAAAGAAACAUUUAAAAAAAAGAAAAUGUCAAGAAAAGCUUUUAGCGACCUUGGUCAGAGAAGACGGCGUCAAAUUUUUAGAAAAAUUUUUAGACGUGCCGACGCAGGAAACGAACAACAGGAUAUGCAAAUAGAAAGAUCAUUAUCACCUUAUCAACGAGAAAUUCACGACACUGACACUGAGGAAGAAAAUGCUUCCAAUUAUGCAGACGACGACGAAUAUUACAAUAUUACGACUGAAGAAGAACAAACAGAAACAGAAGAAGAGUAUGAGAAUAUGGAAAAUGAAAUAGAAGAGUAUGAAGAAUUAGCGCAAAACAAUAACGACGAAUUUUAUGAUGAUCAGGCACUUUAUCUGGGUGCCCCCUUGACUAUUUCUCAUAGUAUGCUUUCAAUUUUAACGCUUCUUCUUCAUCAUAACAUAAAUAUGUUAUGUCUCUCAGAUAUCAUAACAGUAAUAAAUUUGCAUUGCUUGCCUGAACAAUUAAAAAAAAAUAGCUUACAUAAAUUUAGAAAAUACUUCUCUCUUAAAGAUACAUAUUUACAGAAACAUUAUUAUUGUUCAUUUUGCACUAGAGAUCUGAAAUCAAUUGAAGAUAUUUGUCCUUCAUGCCCUAGAAAGAACAAUUCAUAUUUCGUCGAAUUGUCAUUUCUUGAACAAUUACGAGAAAUGUACAAAAGAAAUGGGUUUUAUAAUCAAUUGCAAAAGCGUUUUGAAAGGAUAGCCAAUUUACCUGAUGUUAUAACUGAUGUGUAUGAUGGGUCUUUAUACAGAAAAUGGGUUGAUAAUGGAUUUCUAAGGAAUCCUGAUAAUAUUUCUUUCAGUUGGUACACUGAUGGAGUGCCUGUCUUCAAAUCCUCAAAAAUUAGUAUGUGGCCUUUAUACUUAACUAUCAAUGAAUUGCCUUUUAAUGAAAGAAAAAAGAGAAAAAACACAUUACUCUUAGGCUUAUGGUACGGAGAUAAAAAACCCAAUGCAAAUAGUUUUAUAUAUAAGUUCCGUGAAGCGUUGGAAGAAAUUAGUAAAGGUAUUGAAAUUGAAGUAAAAAGAUAUAAUAAUAUAGAGUUAAAAACUAUAAGAGGUGUGCUGUUAAUGGGAACUGCUGAUCUACCAGCCAAAAGCGAUUUUUUGAACUUUGUUCAAUUUAAUGGAGAUUAUGGUUGUCCCUCGUGUUAUUGUAAAGGUGAAAAUGUUUCGCUUAUUCCAAAAGGUUCUGUGCAUGUUUAUCGUUAUAAAAAUGAAUUAAAAUUAAGAUCUUUAAAUGAAUGUAUUGAAUAUGCUAAUAGAGCAAGUCUUGAUAAUCCUGUUAUGGGGAUAAAGGGACACACUGCUUUCUCAAAACUUAUGCCAGAUUUUAUCGAAGGUGUUGGAAUUGACAGAAUACAUUGCGUCGAUAGCGGUGUUGUGAAAAAAAUGUUAUCACUAUGGUUUGAUGUAAAAUAUCGAGGCUUUCCUUUUUCUUUAUAUGCUGUCGUUGAUGUCGUUAAUAGUAGACUCAUUGCAAUCAAGCCGCCGAAAUAUGUGCAUCGUAUGCCGCGCUGUAUACAAGAUUUACUUCAUUGGAAAGCGUCCAAAUUGAAAACAUGGUUUUUUCAUUAUUCUGUUCCAGUUCUUGAAGGAAUUUUAAGACAAGAUUAUUUCAAUCAUUAUCUUCUUUUAGUAGUAGCAAUAUCCAUGCUAAAUUCUGAAGAAAUCAGUUUUUUUAUGAUAAAUAUUGCUCGAGAUUUUUUAAAUAAAUUUGUCCGUGAAUUCGAACAUUUAUAUGGAUUACAGUUUUGCUCAAUUAAUAUCCAUCAACUACGACACUUACCAGAUAACGUUAUAAAAAUGGGGCCCUUGUGGGUUUUCUCCUGUUUUGAAUACGAGAAUUUGAAUGGUCAGCUUUUAAAAUUAGUGCAUGGAACACGGCAUAUUGAAACACAAAUAUACAGAGCGACGGCUCAUGAACAAUUUAUAAAAAUGAUUCGAUUAAUAGAUGAAAUGCCUAUAGGUCCUGUCCAUAAAUUUUGCUUAAGCAAGAAACGACAAGUAAAAAUUAUAGAGCAGAUAUUUCCUAACUGUUAUAGUGUUGGUGCAUAUAAGAAGUUACAAAGACUACCAAAUAUUAUUACCACUGCAAUGUGUAAUUCAAGAAUCCCUGAAACUGUCUCGUGGUGGCAGUAUUUUAGAUUAUUAAAAAAUAGCUACUUAUAUGUAUCGCAAAUGUAUAAAACAGAUUUGCAAACUGAAUCUUCUAUUAUACAAUAUGUGAAUAAUGAAGAUCAAACACAUCAUGCAGAAAUUCAAUGUUUUAUCAAAACUAUUCAUCAAAAUUGCAAUGAACAAUUCUGUCAAUGUGAACACAGAGAAAGACAUUAUGCGAUUGCACAACAAAUUUCAACUGACGAUGCAUUCCUUGUUCGUGGUGAUUAUAAUGUAGCCGACACUAAUUUUUUUUUACACAAAUGCCACAAAACAGAUAACUUUACAGCUAUUCCUAUUGAAAAAUUAAAAUGUGUAUGCGUAUAUAUGAAAAUCGAUAAUCAAAUGUACAUAGGAAUACCUAUUAACCAAAAAGAAUUGGAAUAA